CUCGUGGCUGGACGCGCUUCUAUGUCGAAUGGAAUAUUGGACUGGAGGAAAACCAUGAACCCCACCGUACUGCUUACAAUAACACCACAGGAAACCAUACAAACAGUCUAAAAUUAAGACAUCGCUGGGCAAACUAACGAUUGGUGUCCCUAACGGCUUUCAACAUAGGGAAAAUAGUGAUCUUUUUUCACAUAUAUGACCCCGGCUGGGCGAUCCGCAGUGGCUCCCUUCUCUAGUUCAGGGCUUUGGCCCAAAUCUUGAUAUAGCCAUCAGCAACCAGUGGCCCCACGAAUUCACCGGGGAUAACCAGAAAUACACAUCCACCAUGCCCAAUACAUCAUUAAGAAAACCCCAAAGGGUAUAUCGCGGCGGUCCGCGCAAGAUCGCCUACCAUGGAGGCUCACGCGGCGCCAGGACCUUCGCCGCCGCCCCGGGCCGCAACGAGGCAACCUCGACCGACGAAAAGUGGGAGCGCGUGAAGCUUGCCCACGACAUCGACGAGAACAUGGGGUUUGGACGCUAUGAUGCCGGCCGGAAGCGUGAGGGCUGGCUCGUCAACGUCCAGUCAACGAGCAUCGAGGACGACCGCGUCCCUGGCGGCGGCGGCCGGGCGGCGCUCGACUGCUACUUCAUCGAGGAGGACGGCGGCACAUUCAAGGCCACCGUGCAGUACGAUCCUUACUUCCUCGUUGCGGUGCGCAAGGGCCACGAGGGUGAGGUCGAGGAGUGGUGCAAGCGCGUGCCGGGCGGCGGCGUCGUCAAAAAGGUCCGGAGGAUAGAGAAGGAGGACCUCAAGAUGCCAAACCAUCUGCUGGGGUACAGGCGCACAUUUCUGGAGCUGAGCUUUGCCAAUGUACAGAACCUGAUGGCCGCAAGGAAGGAUAUCAUGCCCAUUGCGGAGAGGAAUAAGAAGAAUAUGGAUGCGAUGGACACUUAUGCCGAGGUCGCAGCUACAAAUGGCGAUUUCGACUUGUUCGAUGACGAUUUACGAAAUGAUGAAAAACGACAUAAUGCUUCUUUUGCUGAUGCUAGCGAUUUCCUUGUCGAUAUACGAGAAUAUGACGUACCUUACCACGUCAGAGUAAUGAUUGAUCUAAAUAUCCGAGUUGGAAAGUGGUACUGGGUGGAGGCGAAACAUGGGGUCACGUCCAUUGUUUGCAACGAAGAGCACCUGGUGAUGGCAGAUCCGGUGGUAAUGGCCUACGAUAUCGAAACGACGAAGCUGCCACUGAAGUUUCCAGACGCCGCCAUUGACCAGGUCAUGAUGAUAUCGUACAUGAUUGAUGGCCAGGGGUUCCUGAUCACGAAUCGGGAAGUCAUCUCUGAGGAUAUUGCGGAUUUCGAGUACACGCCAAAACCCGAAUAUCCUGGCCCUUUCAUGAUAUUUAACGAGCCGGACGAGAAAGCCUUGCUUGAGAGAUUCUUCCUACAUAUCAAAGAGGCACGGCCGACCGUGAUCGCCACAUACAACGGUGAUUUCUUCGAUUGGCCAUUUGUCGACGCCAGGGCGAGCUUCAACGGGAUCGACAUGUACAGGGAAAUAGGUUGGAGGAAAGAUACCGACGAUCAGUACAAGUGCAACUACUCGGUGCACAUGGAUUGUUUCCACUGGGUCAACCGAGACAGUUACCUCCCGCAAGGUAGCAGAGGUCUCAAGGCCGUUACAGUGGCCAAGCUCGGCUACGACCCCGACGAACUCGACCCGGAACUGAUGACACCGUAUGCGCAGGAGAGGCCUCAGACACUGGCAGAGUACUCAGUUUCCGAUGCGGUGGCGACGUAUUAUCUGUACAUGAAAUACGUGCACCCCUUCAUCUUCUCCCUCUGCACCAUUUUACCCCUGGGUCCCGACGACACAGAGAGGAAAGGAACCGGAACCCUUUGCGAGAUGUUGUUGAUGGUGCAGGCAUACCAAAAAAAUAUCGUGCUGCCAAAUAAGCACAUGUCUCCCAAGGAGUCAUUCUGGGAAGGUCAUUUGUUGGAUUCCGAGACUUACGUUGGUGGUCACGUCGAAAGUAUCGAGGCUGGAGUGUUUCGCGCAGACAUACCAGUCAAUUUUGCCGUGGACCCUUCGGCAUGUGACGAACUGAUACGGGAUCUGGACGCUGCACUCAAAUUCAGCAUUACCGUGGAAGAGAAGAAGGACAUGGACGAUGUGACAAACUACGAGGAAGUCCGGGAUCAAAUUAAGGCAAAGUUGCUUGCGCUCAGGGAUACACCAAACAGGCAAGAAAGGCCAUUGAUCUACCACUUGGAUGUCGCGUCCAUGUACCCAAACAUCAUGACGACGAAUCGACUCCAGCCCGACUCCAUGAUUUCAGAAGCAGACUGCGCAGCCUGUGAUUUCAACCGGCCUGGCAAAACUUGCGACAGGAGGCUACCAUGGGCAUGGAGAGGAGAGUAUCUUCCGGCAAAACGAGAUGAGUAUAACAUGAUCAGGAACGCAUUGGAGAACGAGAGGUUCCCUGGUAAAUGGCCAAACUCGCCUAUGAGAACAUUCCAAGAGCUCCCGGCGGAUGAGCAAGCCAAUCUGGUACGCAAGAGGUUGCAGCUUUACUCGCAGAAAGUAUAUCACAAGAUCCACGACUCCACUACCAAAGUUCGUGAGGCGAUCAUAUGCCAACGAGAGAACCCUUUCUACAUCGACACCGUGCGCGACUUUCGAGAUCGGCGAUACGACUACAAGGGCAAAGCAAAGGUUUGGAAGGGCAAGACAGAUGCCUUGAAGUCCUCAGGGGCCCCUGGCAGUGAAGUCGACGCGGCCAAGAAGAUGAUCAUCUUGUUUGAUUCACUUCAGCUCGCACACAAGGUUAUUUUGAACUCAUUCUAUGGCUACGUCAUGAGAAAAGGUUCAAGAUGGUACUCCAUGGAGAUGGCUGGUGUGACGUGUCUGACGGGAGCAACUAUUAUUCAACUUGCCAAGGAGCUUGUGGAGCGACUUGGAAGGCCUCUGGAACUGGACACUGACGGUAUCUGGUGCAUGCUCCCCGCUACUUUCCCUGAGAAUUUUGCUUUCAAGCUCAAGAACGGCAAAAAGCUCGCCAUAUCGUACCCUUGUGUCAUGUUGAACCACCUCGUCCAUGCCAAGUUCACAAACCACCAGUACCAAACGCUCGUCGACGCAGAUACAUUCAAGUACGAGACGCACAGCGACAAUUCCAUCUUCUUCGAGGUUGACGGACCUUACAAGGCCAUGGUCCUGCCCACAUCCAAGGAGGAGGACAAGAACUUGAAGAAGCGAUAUGCUGUGUUCAACGACGAUGGUAGUCUUGCCGAGCUGAAGGGAUUCGAAGUCAAGCGAAGAGGUGAGCUCAAGCUCAUCAAGAUCUUCCAACAGCAAAUCUUCAAGUUCUUCCUCGAAGGCGAAACACUAGCCGAAUGCUACAGUGCAGUGGCAAAGGUUGCAAACAGAUGGCUGGACGUCUUGGACAACAAGGGGACGACUCUGGCGGACGAGGAGCUUAUGGACCUCAUUUCGGAGAACCGAAGCAUGAGUAAGACGUUGGAGGAGUACGGCAGCCAGAAGUCAACCUCCAUCACGACAGCAAAGCGCUUGGCCGACUUCCUCGGCGAGCAGAUGGUCAAGGAUAAGGGUCUCAACUGCAAGUUCAUUAUCUGUGCUAGGCCCAAGGGUGCCCCGGUCACUGAGAGAGCUGUACCUGUCGCGAUAUUCUCGGCUGAUGAGGAUACCAAGCGUCUGUAUCUGAAGAAGUGGUUGAAGGAAGAGCCACAAGACACGGAUCCCAGAGCCCUCCUUGACUGGGCAUAUUACGCAGAACGUCUUGGGUCAGUCAUUCAGAAGCUUAUUACUAUUCCGGCGGCGUUGCAAAAGGUCCGGAAUCCGGUUCCGAGGGUGCCACAUCCAGACUGGCUCCAACGCAGAAUCAAUGCCAAGGACGACAAGAUGAAGCAGAAAAAGAUGACGGACUUGUUUGCCUCAAAGGGGCCUUUGGAGGACAUCACUAACAUCAGCUCCUCACGACUGAACGAUCUGGAGGACUUUGGCAACAAGCUUCUGCAACCCAAAACAGUAGAUGCUGCCAUCACCGCCAGCCAGAAAGUCUCGACCUCGAAAAGGAAAGAACCGGAACCAGCUGUCCCGGCUGAUCCAUUCGCAUCUUUGCCCAAGGUCAUGCCGGACCCCUCGAAGGACUACCCUGCCUUUUUGCAAUACCAGAAGCUGAAGUGGAAGCUGCAGAAGCAGGCAAGGAUUCGUAGAAGGCACCUUUUUGGCGACCGUCGCGGCAAUGCAAACAACAAUAUUCAGCAAACUUUCCGGAACCAGGCCGAGAUUACGUUCAGAAACACUUGGCAACUCUUGCAACUCAAACUGACCGACAACCCGGGUAUCGUGUCGGCGUAUGUACUGAUUGACAAUAAAAUCCACUCGGUCAAGAUCAAGGUGCCUCGCCAAGUCUUCCUGAACCUCAAGAGCAGGGAACUGCCAGACGUGGAGGUAGAGGGCUGCCAAGUGGAACAGGUUAGCCACACACUACCAAACGGCCACUCGUCAGUCCAUCUCUUCAAGCUGGUCGUCGAUGAGGAGGUCUACUUUGCAGAGUCGGAAAAAUUCUCGCUUCUGUUCAACCACCCGAGUGUUGAGGGAGUGUACGAGACGCAAGUUCCUCUCAACAUGCGCGCUGUUCUUCAGCUUGGUAACCUUUGCACAAUUGACGAGAGCCAGCCAGGUGUUUUGGGCAAAGGGCUUGACCAGGGCUUCGAGCUCACCAGUCUUCAGAGGCCAGCCAAGCCCCAACCCUAUCUUGAUUCCGCAAAGAUGGCGUACAUUUAUAUCUCACACAUCAGCGCUGGUGAGCGACAGAUAUUUGGCGUGUUUUCAUCAAGGACAGAGUACGCCCAGGUCGUGAUCCUCAACAAGAGCAGAGACAGCGCCCAAGAUAUGCCGAACAUCACAAAGCUUUACGCGGACCUCUUGGCCAAGCGUAGACAGGAAGAGGCGUCUACGCCAGAGUCGACAUGGCAGGAUUGUUUCGAGUACCAGGAUCGGGUCUCCUUCAAGACUACACAGGUCACAACACGCAGGAAGGCGUUCCUCGAGAUCAGCGACAUGGUGAAAAAGAUGCGCAAGGAUGAGGUCAAUCCCAUUAUGAUGGUCAUUCAGUCUUCGCAGAGGAACAUGCUGCUCCACGAGAUCCCGAUCCUACAGGAGUUCCCAGUAUUGCCUCUGAAGUUCGACCCCGCCGACAGCUCACUGCCACCAUUGGGCUGGCAGUCCGUCGUGGCAAGACGUCUUGUCAAUCAUUAUCUCGGCCUGGGAUCGUGGAUCCUCCACCUCACUGCUUUGGCAAGGUAUGGCGACGUGCCACUGUGCAACCUCGAGCGCGAUGACCCCAGGUUCUUGAUCGACGUCGCGUACGCGCGGCGCUUGCAGGCGAACAAUGUCGUCUUGUGGUGGUCACCAGGCCCACGGCCGGACCAUGCUGGAUACGAGAAGGACGAUGUCGCGGGCCCUCUGGAUGUCGUACAAAUGCCAGCAGUCAACAACCCAGGAACGUUUGCUUCCGUAUGCAUAGAUAUCGAGGUACGCAACCUGGCUAUCAACACCAUCCUCACCUCAUCUCUCAUCAAUGAGCUCGAAGGCGCCGAGUCUAUAUCUUUCAACCCUGCUUCUGAUGCGACUGGCGGAGACGGUGCUGGCGAGAUUCUUCAUUCAGAAAACGCGUUCGCCAAUGCCGGUGUUCAGGUUCUGCGGGAGAUGGUCAAGAGCUGGUGGGCAGAAGCAUGCCGCGGCAGCACGAUGGCAGAUGUCAUGGUGCAGCACCUAGUGCGGUGGGUGGAAAGCCCGGAUUCCUUCCUGUAUGAUCGCGCGCUGCACUACUACGUACAGAUAAUGUCGCGAAAGGCAUUCCAGCAGCUCAUGUCAGACUUCCGCCGCGUUGGCUCCCAGGUUGUCUUUGCCAGCGCCAACAGGCUGCUCCUCCAGACGACCAAGGGGGAGGUGGGCAAUGCCUACGCUUACAGCCAGUAUAUCCUCAAGAGCAUCAAGAGCAAGCCGCUGUUCCAUUUCAUCGACCUCGAGAUCAAAGAAUACUGGGACUACCUGGUCUGGUACGACCAGUUCAACUAUGGCGGGAAGGCUUGUCAAGAGGUGGUUGAGGCUGAGACUCAGAGCCUGGACAUGAUUAUGCACUGGCAGAUGGCUACUUUCCUACCCCUACGACUACAAUCAGUCUUCAAGGAGUGGGUCAUUGAGUUCAUCCAGCUCAUGCACUCUCACAAACGCCCAGCCGCCAUUGACGGGUCGACACCGCGUGCAACGCAACUUCCCGUCCGAAGCAACAACGGACUGUCUGAGGAUGGCGAGGGUCACAUUAUUCUUGGAAAGGCAUUUGAGCGUCCUCUCAAAAGGGAAAUCGCGGGCCUGAUCGCAGCUCAAAAGCGCGAGCUACUGCACCCGGAACUUGCAGUGGACUACGACUUCCCAGUCCUCCCCGGCAGCCAUCUUUCGAACCUGCAUCCCAGCACAGCAGUGCUCGAGCUAGUCAAGAUGCUCAUGCAAGUGUUGAGCCUGGACAAGAACAUUGCUCUCGAGGCGAGGUUGGUGCGCAAAGAGCUCCUCGCGAUGCUGGACGUGCGAGAAUUCAGCAAAGAGGCGACAUUCCAAAACCCAUCUGAGAGCCUGAAGCUACCGCAGGUUUCGUGUGACAACUGCACCGUGGCGCGAGAUCUGGACCUAUGUCGUGACGAAGACCUUCUUCCGCCACCCGGGGAGGCACAAGGACAACAGCGGCCGUGGCGGUGCACAUUCUGUGAGUCCGAGUACGACCGCAACGGGCUCGAGGAGGUGCUGUUGGCGCAGGUGGAGGCUGUGGUGGUGGAGUGGACGACGCAGGACCUCAAGUGCGCAAAGUGUGGUGCUCUGAGGGUCAACGAGUUCAUGGAGCACUGCACCUGCAGUGGGGACUGGGUGGCGACGGUCAAGAGGGAUGAAGUCGUCCGUAGGAUGAAGGUGUAUCGGAACGUGGCCAAAUUUUACGGGUUGAAGAUGUUGGAGGAUGUUGCCGGAGAACUAUUUGCGGCAAUUUGAGGAGCUUUGUAUCCCCUUUUUUUGUGAUAUCGGUGUUUGGAGUCGCAUAAGCUGUUUGUAUACGGUCUGUCCGUCUGUUGAUAAGAACGGGUAUGGAGGUUUGGCGUGUGGUCUGUCCUUGCACAUGGACAAGCAUAGCAUUUUGUAUUCUGUUUGCAUUAUUUUCCCGACACAUACAAUAAUAGUCGUCUCCACAAACUAUAUGCAGGCUUAAGCUUGGAGAAGUUGUACGAAAAUGAUGCCGCCAUAUAUGACAAUUACCCCUAUCUGUCUGCAGAAGCUUCCAUACUCGUUGUGGUGGUUACAA